AUGAAGAAGACAGCAAAAUCCGAAAUAGGGGAAGACUUGUUUCGAAAUCUACCAUCUGAAAUCGUAUCAGAUAUCCUAUCACGACUCGAUGUUCGUACUGCUAUGAGUGGCAAGUGUGUUUGUAAGUCAUGGCUCGAUCUGCUCACUACACCUGAGUUUGUCAAGUCCCAUCUUUCUAAAUCCGUCCCAUGCCUCACUAUAACCGAGCUUAAUCUUAAAUUGAAAUCAGUGACGUACAAAAUGGUGAUUGAGCUCGAUUUCAACUGUGAUUGGCAUCGUUUGAAUACAGUCUUCCACUUUGAUCUCCCUUUUCGCAUACUAAGUCAUUGUUCAAUCAAUGGUUUGAUAUUUUUGAAAAACAACCUUGAUUGUAUCCUGUGCAAUCCAAUCACUCGUGAAUAUAUAAAGCUUCCUUGUCCUAGACAGCCUUCCACCGUAACUAAAUGGGAGAUUUAUGGAUUUGGAGUGAGCAGAAUGAGUGGCCAGUAUAAGUUGGUUAGGACUUCCGUGCUACAAAGACCUCCGCAUUUAAAUUUUGUUGAAUCUGAGUGCCAAGUAUACACUCUUGGAACUGGAUUGUGGAGAAGAAUCGGCGAAUGUGGCCAAUUUGAACAUCUUGUGGAAAAUUCAGUGAUGGCACUUGUUUGUGGAAAUCUUCAUUGGUGGUGGAAAGGUACAGGUGCUUUAGUCCCCACACAAAUUUCUCAUCUUGAUCUUGAAACAGAAUCUUUUGGUGCUAUUUCAUGUCCUUCUAGUGAUGAUGGUUACAAAGAAAGGUGCCUAUCUAGUCUAAGGGGUUGCCUAUGUGUUUGCGACAAUAGGAAUCUGGUGAUUGAUAUAUGGGUGAUGACGGAAUAUGGAGAUGAGAAAUCUUGGACAAAACAGUUCAGAAUGCUCAAAGAUAAUGUUUGGGGUAGUUUAAAACAACUUGACUCUAUUCAAGUUUACAGAAAUGGUGAUAUGUUAAUGACACGUAGAACGGGUAAGCUGUUAUACCACUCCAGCAACACUAAAACUGUUAAACAAGUUAAGUUUGAUUCCGACUACAAACUUAUCUACCAGAUUAGGCUUUACACUCCGAGCUUUCUUUCUCUCAAGACUUUUGCUACCGAAAAUGUAAGAGCGUUUACAAUGGAGUUGGGAGGGGGAGGCGCGCCCGGUGAGGCGCCGCUGCGUUUAUUAUAA